AUGUCAGACGAUGAGUUUACCGGCCCAGAUGGCCAACCUGGCAGUGCCGGCGGUGACCGCGACAAGCGCGCACCGCGAUUUAGUUGGACGCCCGCCUACGAAGCCACCUUCUUCCGAUCUCUCUGCGAUUCUGUCCAGCUAGGCCUGCGCGAAAACCAUUCUUUCAAGGCUGACGCCUGGGACCGUGCCGCCACGGCCCUUCGCGAGAAACACGGCGCCUAUCCCACGAAAAGCCAUCUCGUGAACAAGUCGGAUAAUGCCCGCAAAAAGUUCCGUCUGUGGCGUGGCCUGCGCGAGGACCCCGAAUUCCUCUAUAACCCGACCACCCGCACCGUCACCGCGUCCGAGGAGGCCUGGAAAGCGCAUAUCGAGAAAGAGCCGUUGUCGCGCGCAUUGCGAGGUCGGCCGUUCGACCAUGAGCAGUUCAUGGAGGUCUUGUAUCCGGACGUGGUCGGAUCCGGCGGCGCCCCGAAGCGCAUCAUGAAGCCGAAGCGAAAGGGGCCGGACGUGAUCCAGGGAUCCGAAGAUCCGGAUAUGCCGGGCACCGCCGUCCUCGAUCUUCAGGUUGAGCCGCCUUAUCAACCCCCUUCGCAAUCGGGCACUAACCAACAGGCGCAGCCUCGGGGAUCAGUUAGCCAAUCUCCUGUAGCGCAAGUACAGCAACCAAUGAUACCCCAGAAGCAAGCGCAGCCGCAACAGCAACAGCAGCAACAGCCACAGCAGAGACCCACAUCCACCGCGAUUCCGCCGAGAACGCACAUCGCGGGUACGAGCGCAUUGACGCCGCCAGAGGAGACAGCCACUGGACGGAAACGAUUCCCGCAGCAGGCCCCGACAUCCGACGCCGGCGGCAAGGCACCGACGGCUCCCAUGGGGCCACCGACACAGCCGGCGGAGAAGCGCCGACGCAUAUCGGGCUACACAAACCCCGCACAGGCAUCGGGAUCUGGCGCAUCUUCCAACCACGGCAAUGACGCGUCGUCGUCGUCCAUGGCGUCUGCCGGUAAGCAGCUGAUGGAGGACGGCCUCAUCAGAAUAGCCGACGCCCUCCGCGGCCGGAGCCCACCAAAGUGGCCCGAGCAGGCCAUUGACAUUUUCUUCCGCGACUUUUCUGACGAAGACAUGGACCUUCAGCUCAAGAUUGCAGAGAAGGCCCUGGCGGACGACAAUAAGGCCAUGAUAUUUUGCAAGAUGUCGCCGGCAUUACGCAAGCACUGGGUCAAGAGGCUGAGAGAGUUGCACAACAACAGCCGCAACGCAUAA